UGCAGGAUGCCCUUUUUUGCAGAUUACUCUCCUUCCUUCCAUAACUGAGUCAUCCUUGGAUUUAAACUCCUAGCUACAAUGCCUGCUGAUUACAAUGGGACCUGGGAGAUGGAAUCCAAUGAGAACUUUGAAGGUUACAUGGUAGCAUUAGACAUUGACUUUGCUACCCGAAAGAUAGCAAAGCACCUGAAACAAACGAAGGAAAUUAUUCAAGAGGGAGACAAUUUUAAGACAAAAACACUGAGCACUUUCAGAAACUAUGAAGUGAAUUUCACUGUAGGAGAGGAAUUUGAAGAGCACACCAAGGGGCUUGACAACCGAGUCGUGAAGUCGUUAGUGACCUGGGAUGGAGAUAAACUAAUCUGUGUGCAGAAAGGUGAAAAGAAAAAUAGAGGAUGGAAACAAUGGAUUGAAGGAGACAAACUGCACCUGGAGCUGACAUGUGAAGACCAGGUGUGCCAUCAAGUCUUCAAGAACAAAAAAUGAAUGGUAAUGAAUCUAGUGCUGCUGAAUAAUGUGUAAUUAUUCUGUCACUUGCUGUGUUGAAAAAUAAAUAAAUAAAACCCAGCUUUGGCACUGUCAAA